UAUUUAUGUCGUAAGAAUCAUAGUCAAGUUUGCUGGGAAAUUUGAGAAAAGUAAUAACAUUAGUGGAUUAAUUACGUGAUAUUGGAUUGAAUGAUUAUAUAAAGUUGCCUAGAAUAGUUGUUUUAGGUAUUCAAUCAGCAGGAAAGUCAUCAUUAUUAGAACAUAUUGUGGGAAUAGAUUUUUUACCAAGAGGAUCUGUAAAAUGUUAAUAUGAUUGAUAGGGAGUUGUCACAAGAAGACCAUUGGAAUUGCGUUUAUCAUACUCACCGAAAAAUGUAUGUGAAUAACCAACAGCAGAAUUUGUAGAAGAAAUGAAAGGAAAGAAAUUUACAAAUUUUGAAGAAGUAAGAAAGACGAUAGAAGAAUUAACAGAUAAAGUAUGUGGAAAAAGUAAAAAUAUUAUUGACAAACCAAUAAUAUUAGCAGUAACAGGGCCAAAUUGUCCAGAUUUAACUCUUGUUGGUAAAGAUAUAAGAAUAUAUGUAAUAUUAUAGACUUACCUGGAAUAACAAGAAUACCUAUAAUGGAUUAACCAAAAGAUAUUGAAUAAAUAACAACUAAUAUGGCUAAGAGAUAUUGUGAAGAUCCUUCAGCUAUAAUUUUAUGUGUUGUUGCAGCCAAUGCUGAUAUGACAACAUCAGAUGCAUUAUUAUUGGCUAAGAAAUUAGAUCCUGAUGGUAUUAGAACUGUUGGAGUUUUAACUAAAAUUGAUAUUAUGGAUUAAGGAACCAAUGCUAUCAAAAUGCUAAAAGGAGAAGAAGUACCUCUUAAAUAUGGAUAUGUUGGAGUUAAAUUGAGAUCACAAUAAGAAAUUAAAGAUAAUAUUCCAAUUGUUUAAGCUGUCUAAAGAGAGAAGAAUUUCUUUGCUAAUCAUCCUGUUUAUUCUUCCAUUCCUGGAGAUAUAUUUGGCACUUAAGUCCUUACAGGUAAAUUAACUAGAAUUCUCUAUCGAAGAAUUAGAAGUUUCUUACCCACUUUAAUGUAAGAAAUCAAUUAGAGAAUUUCUAAAGUCUAGAAUCGUCUUGAUGUUCUAGGACCAGGAUUACCUGUUGAAGAUUCUGUAAUGUUAUUCUCUAACUUUAUACUAGGAUAAAUUGCAUUUCAUUUGGUAACUUAUACAUGAAUUCUCUGUUCGCUUUAGAAAUUCUAUAUCAGGAUAAUAUGAAAAACAAAGAGCUAAUUAAAAAUCAUUAUAAGUACCAGCUGGAUCAUCCAUUAAAUUACUUUUUAAAGAUUUAUAUGAUGAUUAUAGUCAAUUAGAUUAUUGUGCUCUUAAAAAAUUUAAAGAUGAAGACAUUCUCUAAGUCAUUUAAAAAUAUUAAGCAUAAUCUAUACCAGGUUUCUUACCUGUUGAUGCAUUUUAUGCACUUUUGAAUCCAGAAUUAAAAAAAUUAUAUUCACCUGCUUAUGAAACUCUGGAAUAAGCAUUUUAAAUAUUAGAACAGUAUGCUACCACUAUUUUAGAAAGUUAAUUACAAUAGUAUUUUUAUCUUCUAUAUUAGAUUGCCAUCCGUUUAGAAAAUGCUUUCUGAAUAAAUUAUGGAAGUUAUUCUUGAAUGUAAAAAGAAUGCACAUGAUUCCAUUACUGAUGUUCUUGAUGCUGAACAAAAUUACAUCUUCACUAAUGAUUUCAAUUAUCUAAGUGGCAAGCCUUUUAUUAGAUUUGGCAAAGAAUCUAAGGCAGAUCAAUAAAAAGGAAAUCCUAUGGUGUUAGAAUUGAGAACUAAAAUAGAACAUUAUUUUAAAUUAGUUGUUAGAGCAACUAGAGACAAUAUUCCAAAACUUAUUGGAUACUUUUUAGUCAAAGGAUGCUAAGUAUUUUAUUCUUUCAUACUCUAGAAUUAAAUGUUAAGAUAAUUGUAAUCAAACUUAAUGCAAAAUCAAAGCAUCAUCUCUGUAAUAACUGAAGAUUAAAAUGUUGUUGACGAGAGAAAAAAACUCAAUAGAGAAAUUGAAACGUUCAGAAAUGCUUAAAAAAUCAUUAAAAGAGAUCCUGAGUAAAUAUUAAUAUUUAUUAUUAAUUAGUCUUUCAGAAUACAUUUUAUCUAUUUCUGAAGAAUAAGAAGAUUAAUAAUACAACUAAAAAUAAAAAUAAUAACCGAGUGCUGUUGUCACUUAAUAAACCAAACCAUAAGUAUAAAUUAUAAAAUAUAUUUUAGUAACAAACAAUUUAAUAAUAACAAUAAUAAUAAUAGUAAUAGUAAUAGUAAUAAUAAUAAUAAUAAUAAUAAUAAUAAUAAUAAUAGUAAUAAUAAUAAUAGAAAUAAUAAUAGUAAUAACAAUAAUAAUAAUUAAUUAAUAACAAUUAAACCAAUAAAAAUUAGACAAAUAAUCCUUAAAUAUCUAUCUAAAGAACUGAUGUAGCAAAGGAUUAAGAACAACCCCCUUAAAGACCUAAUGAUCCUAUUGUAAGUAGAACUAUAAAUUAAUAACCAGAUUCAAAUAGAUAACAGCCAUCUCCAACAAAACCUUAGUAAAAAGUAGAUUAACCUUAAAAUGCUUAAUAAAAACAAUAAACUUAAAAUAAUUAUCCAUUAAAUAAUAAUAAAUAAACUGGAAAUGCUUAACCUGUUGCUUAGUAAUUAGCACCUCCUCCUGUAAUUUAUUAAAUUUUAUAAUUAUAGGCUUAAUAAUAACCAUAACCCUAAACUUAACCACCAGAAAAAAAAAGUUUGUUUGGCUUUAUGAAAAAAUGAUUUUAUAUUAAUCAUUUUAAAUGAUCAAAAUAUCCUGGAC